AUGGGUCUAUUCUUUAAUGCUAUCUUAAUUUCUGUUUUAGCUUUGUUAUUAGCAUUUGUAUCAUCCUCGAAAAGCACUGAUAGUUUGACUACAGGAUCAUCACUUUCUUCUAAAGAUGUUCUGAUUUCAAAACCGCAUGGAAAUUUCACUGCGGGAUUUUUCAGUGUUGGCGAGAAUGCGUAUUGCUUUAGUAUAUGGUUUACUGAGCUAUAUGAUCAUGGAAAUUACACCAUUGUCUGGAUGGCCAAUAGGGACCGACCGGUUAAUGGAAAAAAUUCCAGGCUUUCCCUGCUCAAGUCUGGCAGUCUUGUGCUGACAGAUGCAGGACAGUUUACUGUUUGGACAAGUAGCACGCAAUCAAACUCUUCUCUUCAAUUGCAACUCCAUGACAAUGGCAAUCUUGUGCUGAGCAAUAUAGAGGGCGGAAAUCUUUGGCAAAGCUUUAACUCCCCAACAAACACGCUUCUUCCAGGGCAGUCGCUCACCCAAAACUCUGUUCUCAUAUCUUCCAGAAGCCUGACGAAUUAUUCUUCUGGAUUCUACAAGUUAUACUUUGGUGAUGAUAACGUCCUUAGUCUAUUGUACCAGGGUCCUCAAACAGCAGGUAUUUCAUGGCCUGACCCAUGGAAACAUAGUUGGGAGAACGGGAGGUACCCUUAUAACAACAGUAAGGUUGCCACUCUUGAUUCAUGGGGGAGAUUCCAGUCAUCAGAUCAGUUUGACAUUAUUACUGUUGAUUAUGGUCCAGGCAUACAAAGAAGAUUGACCGUGGAUUUUGAUGGCAAUGUCCGGGUCUACAGUCUUGAUAUGGCAAGUCGGAAUUGGAAAGUUACGUGGCAAUCCACACUGCAACCAUGCACAGUUCAUGGGAUAUGUGGAGAAAAUAGUUUGUGCACUUACGCGCAUGAGACCGGAAGAAAAUGCACUUGUGCACCUGGAUACAAAAUCAAAAGCCAGAAAGAUUGGGCUUAUGGAUGCGAACCAGAUUUCCAACUGCCAUACAAUGAUAGUAAUGCAUCAGGUUUUCUUCUUCUCCAAAAUGUUGAAUUUUAUGGCUAUGAUAUUGGGUUCUUUAGUAAUUCCACGCUUGAUAAUUGUCAAAAUUUAUGCCUCAACUAUUGCAGUUGUAAAGGCUUCCAAUUCAAAUUUGAUAAAGAUAAAGGCUAUUAUAAUUGUUACCCUAAGGCCAGUUUGUUCAAUGGGUAUCGUUCAAGUGGUUUUGAUUUCCCAAUUUAUCUAAGAUUGCCCCAAUCUAUUAUAACCUCAUUUGAUCAAAAGCCUCUUCAACAAACCAACAUAAAGUGCACAGUCGAUGCUGCUUCACUCGGCCGAGCAUACCAGAAAAAAGGUCAACAUGGGUGGGUGAAGUCAUCCUUGCGGUGCACUUUGGCAGUUGGGACUUUUGAGAUCCUCUGUUUCUUCACUUACUUGUUCAAAACCCGACGAGGAUCUAGUGCAAGAAUACAGGGUUACACUCAGGUUGCAACAGGAUUCAGGAAAUUCACUUUUGCUGAGUUGAAAAAGGCAUCAAGAAACUUCAGCGCAGAAAUAGGACGAGGAGGGGGAGGCAUUGUGUAUAAAGGCGUGUUGACAGAUAAUCGAGUUGCUGCCAUAAAGUGUCUCAAUGAAGCCAACCAGGGAGAAGCCGAAUUUCUUGCAGAGUUGAGUACUAUUGGCAAGUUGAACCAUAUGAAUUUGAUUAAGAUAUGGGGAUAUUGUGUUGAAGGUAAGCACAGGCUAUUGGUUUAUGAGUACAUGGAGCAUGGUUCUCUAGCAAAAAAUCUGCAUUCUAACAGACUUGACUGGAAAAAGAGGUAUGAUAUUGCUCUUGGUACAGCCAAAGGACUUGCUUACUUGCAUGAAGAGUGCUUAGAGUGGGUUUUGCACUGUGAUGUGAAGCCUCAAAACAUACUCUUGGAUUCGAAUUACCAGCCGAAGGUGGCAGAUUUUGGCCUGUCCAAACUAUUGAAUAGAGGUGGGACAGAUAAAUCAACGUUUUCUAGGAUAAGGGGAACUAGAGGCUACAUGGCCCCUGAAUGGGUUUUCAAUCUUCCUAUAACCUCCAAAGUUGAUGUUUAUAGUUAUGGAAUUGUUGUGCUGGAAUUAUUAACUGGAAGAAGCCCAGUUGAAGGCCAUUCUAUGGAGGAAAGCACCAGUGCAAUGGAGCCAAGGAGACUAGUUACUUGGGUGAAGGAGAAAAUGCACGAAGCUAAUGGAAGAGCAUCACCAAUAGCAAUUGCAAAAAUUGUAGACCCUGUCAUAAAUGCUGAAUUUGAUAUGGCAAGGGUGGAAAUUCUUGUUCAAGUUGCUCUCCAAUGCGUAGAGGAAGACAAAGAUGCAAGACCAACAAUGAGCCAAGUGCUGGACACGUUGCUCCAUCAAGAAAGUGAUGAAUAUUAG